UGUGUGUCUUCCCCAGCAUCAGCAGCAGAAGCAGCAGCAUCGUCGACAAGAACAACGUCUUCAAAUGGCGGCCCAACCACCGCCGCCGCAGCCGCAGUAAUAGUGGUGGGCCCAUCAUCAGCCAGUUCCUCAACCCAGCCAUCCCAAUCAUCCCGUCGUCAUCUGAACCUUCCACUGCUGCCGGUUCUUCCACCAAGGCGAUCUACGGCACAGAUAAGACCAGAACCUCCCCCGCCGUACUGGGCACACUACCAGCAUCGACCCGUACUUCCUUCUGCAGCAUCAGCUGCAGCAGCAGCAGCACCAACAUCGCCCAGUAGCACCACCAGUAACAGUAGCCGAAGUUCCGAUAGUGAAGUCCCUCCGCCGCCGCCACUACCGCCCCAGGCCAAUAAUGCGCAACGUGCUGGGCAACAGGUGGUGGUGCAACAGCGAACCCAUCGACGGAACAUUGUCGGUGGUGGCAUUUCGGAACACGUCGGCAGGAAUCCGGGAGGACCAGCUGCUAGGCCGCAUCGGUACAACAUUAUUUCUCAACGGCAUCAGCAGCAGCAGCAACAUUAUCCCCAGCAGCGUCAACGGAUUAAAGAGCACUUGUUGAGUCAAGAUGCAUUUUGUCCGGAUUUGGUACGUAAUUGCAAGAUUACCGCUGACCCAGAAUCCGGCCGAAACACCCCCAUUGAGCCACUCGAACCUACACGGAGCCCUCGUAGCAGUAGACCUCCCACAGUCCACGGCCAAGACCAGGCAAACGUUGAUCAGGACGUUUACGUAGAGAUUGAAGAACUGAACCAAAGCCUAUCCACUGUCCAGAUUUCAUCUGGCAAUUCAACCAACCUAAAUCCAAUUGGCGGUAACGAAACGAAAUCUGAGGAUAGUACCAAGACCACGACCACCGGGGCCGUCUGUGAUAUGGGUCAAAACCUGAGCAUCCGAAGGCCGAAGAUUUCACUCACAUGGGUCCUACGUGAACAAGCGCAACAACAACAGCUGCAGCAUCAACAGCAAGUUCCAUCUCAGUGUCAUCAGCAUUCGGGAAGUCAGUCGAGUGGAAGUCACAGUGGCAGCUAUCAACAGCAUCAACAGACCGCACAACCCCGUAGAUCAUCACCGGUACGAACGAUCCUCGUAAACGGGUCAGUGCCUUCGGCCAAUACUGCAUCUGUUCCCAAUGGACACGUUCCGGCUAGGAAGAAGUCUCGUACCCGUAGCAAAGAAAGAUUAUUCAGUGAGAAGUAUGUCAGCGAUAACAACCUGACGGAGUAUCACACCGAGAAACAGCUCAAGGCCUUUCAGGUUUUGAACGGUUCAUCAGCACCACCUUCGACGGAACACCACCCUAACGGGAUCUACCGGAAGAGUAACAGAAGUUACCGGAAAAGUAGCGAUCGACUGAAGAAGAAGGAACGAGCGCUCGUCUAUCCCAAUCUGGUGCAAAGCGAGACGGUGGAUAUCUUGCUGAACAACAACAACAAUAACAGUAUUAUCAUAAACCUAAACCAAGAAGACCAAUUGCUCAAGGACAAAUCGGCGGCUAUUUGUCUCAAGAACACCUACUCGGAACCUUCGCUGUACACCACGGUCUCCGAACCUUCGUCUUCGAAAAAACAUCGGCAUCGCCGACGGCGUGAACGCUACCGAAACUCGCAACGUUUUGGCUACGAAAUCCAGAACGUAGAUGAGUUCCUGUCCAAGUGUUCACUCUCCUCGCCGGGAAACAUCCCGGUGGUGCUUUCCUCGGCGGCAACCUUGUACCAGACGCGACCCGGGUGCUACCAGAUCGAGAUCCCUCUACCGCUGGGAAUGGUCGUCAAUGCGGUGUUCAAAAACCAGAACUGGCUGUACGUCCAGACGCCACACGCCGAAGAGGGAUACGUUGCGUACGAAACGUGUUUACCGCUGGGCAUCCUGCCACCAAACCAAAGAUCAAGCUCAACGUCCAAGCCGACUCCAUGCUGGGAAUCGAACAAGGAUGUCUUCCCCCGUCCUAGCGGUAACCUUACCGACAGCGAGAAGGAAAUUCAACAGUUGCGCGGAGGAACACGUUCCGAAGGCCGCCGGACGCCGCGCCUCAAACGGGGUAGCACCAACAGCCGAAGUGCUACCUCGAUCACCUGCAACAGCGAGAAGAACCUGGACUCGCUGUACCUCCGGGUGGCGAAUCAACCAAAAUCCGCCGACUCCCAAACGCAAUUUGCUCAACUGAAACUGACGACCAAGGUGCUCCAAGGUGGUGUUGGCGGUGGUCAGCAUCAGCCUCAUCCCCUGGAGAAGAAGCUGUCGAGCGACUACGGCCAUCUACCGGCGAAACAAUCGCAGCAGAUUCCCUUCCACCACCAUCACCAUCACAAGAUCUUGGUCAAGAGCGGCAGUGGCGGAAGCGGAGGCAGUGGAGGAUCCGGCGGAAGCAGUUGCACCAACGGUGGACACUACCAUAAGACUGCGAACAGUGCUAGCUAUAAUAGUAACGGUAACGGAAGCAACGGUGGAAGCUGCGUUAAGUUAUUCAACGGGAUUAGUAACGGUAAUACAAGGACGCCCUCGUCAACGACAACAACGGCGGCAGUUCGACAGACCCUACUGGCCAUCACCGAUAACUACUGCUCGGAUUCGGUGACCGUGCAGAAGGGUGACGUGGUAACGCUUCUGGCCUGCAAGGAGUACCAAGAGAAAGGACUGAAGAAUUUCAAGCAGUGGUUCUUUGUGCGAACCCGCGACGGCCACGAGGGCUACAUUCCGGCCGAAGCGGCCGGACAUGGUUUUCUUUAGGGACAUAAGGUAUACUUAGUACUACUAAUAUUAGAAGAAACAGUUGACUGGUAGAUGAAGCGUUGUAUAAAUUAUUAGUUGAUGUUCGCGUGUGCGCGUAUUAUAGCUUAAUAGAAUGUUGGUCCUAAACGUUAUUUGUUCGCAACCAAAUGAUAUCUAAAUUAUGCAUGCAAAAUAAAUGGAAAAAUAAUGGAA